AUGGAGGCGAACGGGGCCGCAACGUCAUGGGGCCCUGUGGGCGACGGCUCAGGGAGCGACGGCGAAGAAGGAGGAAGUCGACGGAAGCUGCUUCAGAAACACAGAAAGGAGAUUAAGGAUCUCCAAGCAGCCAGCAAGCGCGCGCUCGCCGCGGCGAAGGGGAAGGGGGCGAAGCAGCAGCUGGAGCGCGAGAUCCGGCAGAAGGAAGCGGACCUCCUCGCAGAUCACCAGAGACAGCUUGCGGCUCUGUCCAGAAGCGGAGGGAGGGAAGAGGCUGCCAAAGAUUCGAACGACCAGAGGAACGAGCAGGCGGAGGUCGGGAGCGCCAUGGCCUCUGUGAACGGAUCUUCCUCCGCCGCAUGUCGCUCCGGAGACAAGACAGGCGCGUCGGAUGCGAGUGUCUCCGCAUCGCCAGGCGAGAGCGCGGACGCGGUUGUCAACACCUUCGCGUCGCUGCGGCUCUACGGCGGAGACGACGGGCCCCGGGAGCCUGCCAGGCUGUCCAAGGCGCAGCAGCGAAGAAGGAAGAAACGCGCGGAAGAGGAGGCACGCGAAGAGGCGCUUCGGCUCGAACGAGAAGAGGCUGGCCCAGAUCCGGGCCAGGUGGAGUGGGAGGCGCUCCGACGCCACCUGGCAAGUCUCAAUCUCGCGAUUCACUCGAUCGCGGCGGACGGCCACUGUAUGUACAGAGCGAUCUGCCACCAAAUGCAGAGGAUUUGUUCGCAAGGAGUCAACCCGGCUGCUUCCGUUGAGACUCUGCGACUCAAAGUUGCGGACUUUCUGGAAGAGCAUCGCGAGGAUUUUCAGCUCUUCCUCGACGAUGCCGCUCAAACCCAGGAAGGCUUCGAGGAUUACUGCGAGAAGAUCCGCAGCACUGCGGAGUGGGGCGGCGAAGUCGAGCUGCAGGUGAUCUCGAAGGUGCUCCAGCGACGCAUUGAACUCGCCUCGAUGAAUGACGGAGAAUUCCUCAUCCUCAAUUACGGCGAGGAUUGCGCGGCAGAUGCGACGCCCCUUCGCCUCGCAUUCCACCGCCAUCUGUUGGCCGCAGGCGGGCACUACAACUCCGUCGUGCCGGCUGCGUGUGCGACGCCUGACUCUGCAGUCGAAGUUGGAUGUGACACCGAAUAA